AUUGUCUCCAUAUAGGGUAUCAUUUCAUAAUGAACAACGUAAAAUUGAGUUGGCAGGUUACAAAAUAACAUAUUGUUUCAACUGAUAAAACAACAAUUCUUUAAAAUCAUCUAAGCAUUUAUCCUCAGUAAAAAUUUCGUAGUUCAUACUUGUCCUUGAUACCCUAGUUGAGCGACUGACCCGUUCAAGGAUAAUACUCCCGGGUGUGGAUAAGCGCACAGAUCAUGAGCUUCUCUAAAAUUUAUGUUAUACUCCAUAUUUUCUUUAUAUUGUUAGUUUAGUGGAUUGACAUGUCUUUCUUUGGCCUUAGAGUUUAAACAAUUGUUAAAUUGUAAUUGUAGUGACAAGUAUCUUUCAUAUCACUAAAGUAGAUAUAUUACUCUGAUUACAGGGAGUGUAUGACUAAUUGAAGAAAAAAAGAGGGAGACAAAAAAAUAGCAAACACAAAAAAAAAUCAUCAUGGGCAAAGGAAAUCAAUUGGAAGUGCUUAACGCACUUGAUGUGGCGAAAACACAAUGGUAUCACUUCACAGCAAUUGUGAUUGCUGGUAUGGGCUUCUUCACAGACGCCUAUGACUUGUUUUGCAUCUCUCUGGUGACAAAACUUUUGGGUCGCUUAUACUAUACUGAAGUAGGAGCAAAGAAGCCAGGGGCAUUACCUAUUAAUGUAUCAGCUGCUGUAAGUGGAGUUGCCCUUUGUGGGACUCUAGCUGGCCAACUUUUUUUUGGUUGGCUCGGAGACAAGAUGGGUAGAAAAAAGGUGUAUGGUAUCACCUUGAUUCUGAUGGUUUUCACAUCCAUUGCCUCCGGUCUUUCCUUCGGAAAAAGUGCUAAAGGGGUGAUGACCACCCUUUGCUUCUUUCGCUUCUGGCUUGGAUUCGGUGUUGGAGGAGACUACCCAUUAUCCGCUACCAUCAUGUCUGAGUAUGCUAACAAGAAGACCCGUGGAAGCUUCAUCGCUGCUGUCUUUGCCAUGCAAGGCAUGGGUAUCUUAGCUGGUGGGAUAGUUUCCUUAAUAGUUUCAACCGCGUUUGAGAACAAAUUCAAGCCUCCCCCUUUCAAAGUCGACCCUGUGGCCUCCCUUCCACCGGAGUCAGACUACAUGUGGCGUAUUGUGUUGAUGUUUGGAGCCUUCCCUGCUGCUGCGACAUACUAUUGGCGUAUGCAGAUGCCUGAGACUGCUAGGUACACUGCCUUGGUUGCAAAGAAUGCCAAGCAGGCUGCUGCUGACAUGUCCAAGGUUCUGAAGGUUCACAUAGAUGUAGAAGAGGAGAAGAUUGAAAAAAUUGGAAAAAGUUCUAGCCAAUCAUUCGGGUUGUUCACUGCCCAAUUUGCUCGCCAAUAUGGCAUUCGCCUCAUAGGAACAACUAGUACCUGGUUUUUGCUUGACAUUGCAUUCUACAGUCAGAACCUUUUCCAGAAGGACCUUUUCACCUCUAUUGGAUGGAUUCCACCUGCAGCUGAUAUGAAUGCUAUAAGAGAGGUAUAUAUGAUAGCGAGAGCUCAAACUCUAAUUGCUCUUUGUGGAACCGUCCCUGGAUAUUGGUUCACCGUUGCUUUCAUAGACGUAAUUGGACGAUGGUGGAUCCAAAUGAUGGGAUUCUUUUUCAUGACUGUUUUCAUGCUUGCCAUUGCCUUCCCCUACCAACAUUGGCAGCAAAGGGAGAAUCGUAUUGGGUUCAUCAUCAUGUAUGGGCUCACCUUUUUCUUUGCCAACUUUGGUCCUAAUGCCACUACUUUUGUGGUGCCUGCUGAGGUCUUCCCAGCUAGGUUAAGGUCCACUUGCCAUGGUAUAUCUGCAGCAACUGGAAAAGCUGGGGCCAUCGUUGGAGCCUUUGGAUUUGUUUACGCAUCACAAGACCCGGAUCCGGCCAAGAGAGAUCACGGUUAUCCAGCUGGUAUUGGGAAGAGGAACUCCCUUUUUGUGCUCAGUGUCAUCAACUUCCUUGGUAUGGUUUGUACUUUAUUCGUACCUGAGUCCAUGGGUAAAUCUCUUGAAGAAUUAGCGGGAGAGGCUGAGGUUGAAGAAGUUGAGGAUGACUACAGAGGUUCCGCUUGAUUACUAGCUACUACAGUGGCUGAUGAGUAAAUUUGUGUUUACUCGUAACAAAAAUUAAAAUAUAUAUGCUACUAUAUAUUUCUGUUGUUUUCUUUGUA